AUGGAGAGGUUAAAAGUAAUAUCGCCACUCGGGCGUGGAGCCAAGGGCGUGGUGUUUCUCGUUAAAGAGGAGCCAAACGGUGAAUUUUCGGCUUUGAAGGUCAUUUUGAGGGAUUUAAUUACGAAAAAGAAUGAGGGUAGUGAUAACAAGAAGGAAAUAGAAGGGGGCGAAUACAAGAGGAUUUAUUUUGAACAGAAGGUUUUGAGUCGUUUGAACCACCCACUUUUGCCAAAAUUGCGAGGAGUUUUGGCCACUGACAAAAUUGUUGCCUACGCCAUUGAUUAUUGUCCUGGUCGUGAUCUUAAUUGCUUGAGAAAACAACAAACCGAAAAAAUGUUCUCUGUCGAUUCUAUCAGGUUUUAUGCAGCAGAAUUGGUUUUGGCAUUGGAGUAUUUACACAAUUUUGGGAUAGCAUACAGAGAUUUAAAGCCCGAAAACAUAAUGAUUCAAGAGAACGGUCACAUAAUGCUAGUAGAUUUCGAUCUCUCCACAAAACUCCCUCCAAAAUCUCACCCAAAUUCUCCAGGACCCGCCUCGGCACUCCCAGUUCGCAUCAAACGACGCUCCCCUCUCCACCGAUUUUGCAGCAGGGGAGUUUCUCCUGACGAGUCACCGGCUGAACUCGGCCACAUCCACUCGGACUCCGACUCCGACUCCGACUCAACCAAGAAGUCUAACUCAUUCGUUGGAACAGAGGAGUACGUGGCACCGGAAAUAAUUCAAGGUCACGGUCACGAUUUUGCUGUUGAUUGGUGGUCUUUAGGUGUCGUUUUGUACGAGAUGUUGUAUGGAGUGACGCCGUUUAAGGGGGCGAACAGGAAGGAGUCUUUUUACAGGAUUUUAACUAAAAAGCCUGACUUAGUUGGCGAAGCGACGCCGUUGAGAGACUUGAUUGGGAAGUUGUUGAUCAAGGACCCGAAGGAGAGGAUUGCAGUUGAGGAAAUCAAGGGUCAUGACUUCUUUAAAGGACUUGAUUGGGAUUUACUGUUGCAAAUCUCAAGGCCACCGUAUCUUCCUGCAAUCCAGAAUUGGAGUGAGGAGGAGGGUAAAAAAGGAAUUAAGGAGAUUGAUGUGGAGAUGUUUGUCCAAGGAGUUUUUGGUAGUUGCUGUGAAGUUGAAAAGAAGGCAAGUACUGUUAACGGUAGUGAUGAUGAGGAAACGAAGAAUGCUGACAGUCAUGAAGAGAAUAUUAACAAAAAGGUUUGGGUUAAUGGACUCAAUAACCAUCCUUGCGAAGCAGAGAAUUUUCUUGUUUUCUAA